GCCCCGGGUCCGGCCUGAGAGCGCAGCCCAAGCUGCUGGCCGGGAGAGGACGCUGUCCGAGCUCCGGCGGAUGAUGCGGGUCUCCAGUCGCUCCCUGCUCGCCUUCAUCUUCUUCUUCUGCCUCUCCUCGUCUUGUCUGUACUUCAUCUAUGUGGCGCCCGGCAUCGCCAACACGUAUCUCUUUAUGGUACAAGCUCGAGGUAUAAUGCUGAGAGAAAAUGUGAAAACAAUCGGACAUAUGAUCAGACUGUACACAAAUAAAAACACAACAUUCAACGGCACAGAUUAUCCUGAAGGCAAUAAUUCGAGUGAUUAUCCUGUCCAAACAACAACUUACCUUCCAGAAAACUUCACAUAUUCACCGUACCUCCCCUGCCCAGAAAAACUGCCUUAUAUGCGGGGAUUCCUCGAUGUCAAUGUAAGUGAAGUCAGCUUUGAUGAAGUACAUCAGCUCUUCUCCAAGGAUUUAGAUAUUGAGCCAGGAGGUCACUGGAGGCCCAAAGACUGUAAACCCCGAUGGAAGGUGGCAGUUCUCAUUCCUUUCCGUAAUCGCCAUGAACAUCUUCCAAUUUUUUUCUUGCACCUGAUUCCGAUGCUCCAGAAACAGCGGCUGGAAUUUGCCUUUUAUGUCAUUGAACAGACCGGCACACAACCCUUCAACCGUGCGAUGCUCUUCAAUGUGGGCUUCAAAGAAGCCAUGAAGGACAAUGCCUGGGACUGUGUCAUCUUCCACGAUGUGGAUCAUCUCCCUGAAAAUGACCGGAACUACUAUGGCUGUGGGGAAAUGCCCCGUCACUUUGCAGCAAAGUUGGAUAAAUACAUGUAUAUUCUUCCGUAUAAAGAGUUCUUUGGUGGUGUAAGUGGACUGACGGUGGAACAGUUUAGAAAGAUCAAUGGUUUUCCUAAUGCCUUCUGGGGAUGGGGAGGAGAAGAUGAUGACCUUUGGAACAGAGUUCACUAUGCUGGCUAUAAUGUAACCAGACCUGAGGGAGAUUUAGGGAAAUACAAGUCUAUUCCUCAUCAUCAUCGAGGGGAAGUCCAGUUUUUAGGACGGUAUAAAUUACUAAGGUAUUCUAAGGAACGCCAGUACAUUGAUGGGUUGAACAAUUUACUGUACACUCCAAAACUACUGGUCGACAGGUUGUAUACAAAUGUAUCUGUAAACCUCAUGCCAGAGUUAGCUCCGAUCGAAGACUAUUGACAGCAGGAGCCUGUGGACCACGGCGCGGCCAGCAACCUGGGGUGCACACGUGGCGGAAGUCAGCGAUUGGCUGUGUCUCCAUGCGCUGACUGCGGGAAGAGCCAGCCGUCCUCUUUGUUUACAGCGUGCGACUCGAUGCAGCCACCCUCCUCUCCCUCUGCUGAGGGAUGCUCCCAUGAUGAGCGCUGCAGAAAUAAAGCUGUUGCUUAAGAUUGGAAGCUAAAAGGGAUCCCUAUGAAGAGAAAAUUUUUAUAUGAAAAUCUAUAAUUCAAGAGAAUGCUUUUAUUUCUGUUUAAACUUAUUUUGUACAUGUGAUGUAAAUUAAUGUGUUCAAAUUGUUUAAAAAUAAGAUGUGUCACAGUUUUGCAUGUAAUCAAUUAUGCCUCUAUUGGACUUUUUUAGACAUUUUUUUAAUUUGCAUGGGAAUAAAAAACCCUGUAAUUUUAUGUCAAUAAACAAAGGUUAGCCCUUGUGUGAAAUGAAGGAACUGUCAAUAAUUGACAGCAGACUAAUAUGGUAAACUGUUACACUAGUUUUCAGCUUUAGACCUUCAGCGUCUCGUGGAAGAAGCCACAACAUUCUGAGGGCUUUAAAGGGAGAAAAGAAAGGACUUCCACGCUUUUCUUCCUGCCAGGAUACCUUUUCUCCUCGCCUGCAGUCUCAUCAGAUUUUGCUAAAUAACAACCAUAUUGUUUAUGCAUAUUGCAUGAGUAUUACCGAAACCUUAAGAGUUGUGAUGUGACAUGAUCUACAGGACCUCUAUGGUAAAUACCUUCUAUGUAUCUCUGGUGUAAGUGUCAGGGAUUUUGUGCCUCUACAAUUGUUCCCAAGGUUGUGUGUUUAUACACUGUGUGUGUGCAUUUUUUUUAAUUAUAGCACUUUUAUUAUUUUCAGUUCAGAAGAGCCAAAAAUAACCUUCAUUAAAAAAUUAGUUUUUUCUUUUUUUAAAGAAUGAGCUGUGAAAACCCAGUAGUACUUAUACAAAUGAAUUAUACUAUUAGAUAAAAAAUUAAAUGUUCUAUUUUUAUGAAUGUAAAUGCUUAGUAAAAACAAAUUUAAAGUUUUAAUUCUGACUUACAGAAUUUCACUUUUGAAAGGAACCCUUUUAAUAUAAGCAGUUAAAUUCAAAUUAUAUUUUUUCCACUUUCAAGAAAUCUUUGAUGUUAUUAAAAUUUCCUCACUAAAAGUAUAAUUUGAUAAACUAUCAUAAAAUACAUUCAGUUAUUUAAAUGAACUAUUAUAAUAUAUACUUCUGAAAACAGGUACUUAUUUCCUGAUAAACAAGUAUUUUUAUCUUAAAAUUCGAUGAAAUUUUCUGAGGCAAAACCUAACAACAGUUGUAAUUUGAAAAGUAUUAAUUAGAAAGAUCCUUUAAAAUAUUUUACAGUAUUUUACAAAUUAAAACUAAAAAAGGUAAAUCUUGAACAUGACAAGUAAUAGAUUUCUAUAUAUGAGAAAUGUUUGGAUAAAAUUUGCCUAUUAUUCAAUUAAAACAAAUUGGUUAUUUAUCUCAGGUUUUAAGUUUAAUUUUCAAGUGUCAUUUUCUAUGACAGUUUUAGUAACAGAAAUGACCAUAAACCAAAAUGCAAAAUAAUUGAAAUUCUUAUAGUUUGAAAAACCUUAUAGCCUCUCUUUAUGAUGCCAAACAGAACUGUUUUUUAUUUAUUUAUUAGAAAUAUUUCCA